CUCACAUUCACGUUCAAGGCCUCUCUCUCUCUCUCCUUUAAUUUUGCUCCAUUUCAAAGCCAAGAACCCAAUUACCAAUUAUUCAGAGAUGGUGAUGCAGAAACAAGUAGCCCUCUUCUCUCUUUCACUUCUGCUCCUCUUUCUCUCCCACUCCACCACCACUGUGGCUCAGCCCGCCGCCCCGCCGGUUCCGGCAGGCCCUCCUAACAUUACCAAGAUCCUGGAAAAGGCCGGCCAGUUCACCAUCUUUCUCAGGCUUCUGGGCACGACCCAGGUGGGCAGCCAAAUUAACGGCCAGCUCAACGACUCUAACAGCGGCUUGACGGUGUUUGCGCCGCCGGACAAUGCCUUCUCCAGCCUCCAAUCGGGGACGCUGAACUCUCUGAAUGACGAACAGAAGGUCGAGCUGGUGCAGUUCCAUGUAUUGCCUUCGUUCUAUUCCGUCUCCCAGUUUCAAACUGCGAGCAACCCUUUGAGGACCCAGGCCGGCGACACCCGGCAAAACGAGUUCCCGCUGAACAUCACCACCUCCGGCAACCAAGUGAACAUAACGACGGGGGUGGUGAACGCGACCGUGGCCAACACUUUGUACACGGAUAACCAGCUUGCUGUGUAUCAGGUGGACCAGGUGCUGCUUCCUCUCAGCAUCUUCGGUCCUCAAACCCCGGCUCCGGCCCCAGCGCCGGAGGCCCCCAAGAACAAGAAGAGGAAGUCGACGGUGGCGGCGGGUCCGACAGCGGACGAUAAGGAGGCCUCCGGCGCAGUAGGUGUCGGCGCGCAUGCAAAGGUGGUGGGAGUGACGGUCGGAGUGGCUUGGUUGGCAGCAUUGCUCUCGUGACACGUGGACGGAGAGGAUCGGGCCAAGUGGACAGAAAGGACCGAGAGUGGGGACCAUCUGGAAAUGAUUUUGCGGAGUUGAGAAGGGUGAGUUUGUUUGAAUAAUUAAGAUAGCGAAGCAAAGCAAACCUUCUGAAGUCUGAAGUCUGAAGUAUUGUCUGGUUGUAUAAUUGCCAAUUUUGAGGCUUUUGUAAGCUUUCUUUUUCUCUCAUUUGUUCUGUUCUUCAUUUUCUCUGUUGUUUCCCAGAUUUCAUGUAAUUGGAGAUUUUUUUUUUUACUUUAAAAGGAUUCUUGGAUGUAUUUUUUUAAACAAAUGGAAUAGCCUCCCUCUCCAUUUUC